GCUACUUUUUGGAAAAACAGCGCUUUUUGCUGGAGAUUCUCCAUCAUGUACAUGAGCCUUUGAUGAACCAACAAUGGCGAUCAUUGGGAGAGCACUUGGUAACCGAUAAGGAACAGUAUGUGGUCUACAACGAUCACAUGACCGGGUUUUAUAAGGCCUUCAAUUUGGGAAAACUAUUAAAUCGAAAUGAAUACUACAAUCCACUAAACGCCGAUCAUUAUCAACAGACGCUGGGACUUUAUCACUUUUUCUACAACGCAAGAGAUUGGUAUACUUUAUGGCAAAAUAUUUGUUGGGCAAGAGUUCACCUAAAUCCACGAAUUUUUGUCCAAGCUCUGACGCAAAUUAUCCUCAAAAGGGAAGAUUAUCAGGCACUUAUCAUGCCGAAGAUCUAUGAAUUGUGGCCAGAAACGUAUCACGAUGAUAUAACCGUAAGAAAGGCAAGAAAUUUCAACUUUGCCAACUGGAUAAGAUACGAGAACAUAAGUGAUAUUGAGGAAAUCUAUCCGCAAAAAAUGGAACCUUCAAGUUUGGAAGGUGGUCUGCGAAAUUCUCUUGAAUGGUUUCAGGCCAUGGGCGAUGUGAAUAUUCUGAGAAUGAAGCAGCAGAAACGGAAGAACAAACUACAGCAUUUGUUAGAGGAUAUUGGUUGGCAGUCAUAUUGGUAUAAUCUAAACAUGGGUAUUGUUUUGACUACGGAAAAAUCAGAUCAGUUGCAGGAAUGGUGCUACUAUCAAUUAAGUCAAAUUCUAGCACGAUAUAAAUUGGAACGCUAUGGACAGAAGCUGUCUUAUACGAAGUUAACGCCUGUAAGGAAUAUACAAAAAAAGAAUCGUAGUUUUAAGGAAAGCUCUUCAAAAACAACGCAAAUUAUUAUGGAGUAUCUUAAAGAAUUCGAAGAAAGAGUGGGUGAUGCUAUUUCUUUUAGAAGUUUUCAGCUAAGUAAUGGUAGUUAUAUUAACCUGGAAGAGAAAGACAAUUGGUUAAUUGGACUUGGAGAACUAUUCCCAUACGAUUGGACAAAACUUACCACAGAGGAACAUAUGCAACCUGAGCUUUUACUGGAUAUACGCACUUCUCUGAGGUCAGAAGACUUUUAUUAUUAUGCCGAGCGAGUUUUGCAGUCAUAUCGUUGGUAUCGUCAAGUGUUCCAACCCCCUAAUCAGAAAAUGUUUAUUCCCAGUGAUCUUCGCAUCGAUGAUUUGCAAAUAAGUCCGCUGAUCACCUAUGAUCAGCCGGUUGAUGUAGAUCUCAGUAAUAUCCUACACGCCAGGCAUUUCUACUUAGCAGGACAGUUUGUGUGGCCUUUUACCUUGCAGCAACGACAGUUUCGAUUGCAGCACAAGGACUUCCACUAUAGUCUACAAGUAUCGAGCAACAAAACACAAUCUACAAUUUUUCGGAUUUUUCUAACCACUCCAGGACAAGGAUCAAUACUAAGAGAGCCCUUCUAUCAGUUGGACUCGUUUCUAACCGUAAUAUAUCCAGGACUCAACAGAAUUACGAGGAAAUCGAAAGAGUUUGGAGGCCUGAUUGGUGACCACAUCUCAUACACUGAACUCCAUCAGUUCGUGAAGCUGGCUGAAAGGGAGGAAUACGACUUCCCCUUGAAUAUAUCCACUUCUAACUGUGGAUUCCCUAGACGUUUGAUUUUACCACGGGGAGGUUCGGGAAAUCCCCUGAAGAUACGACUUCUUAUCAUGGCCACCGUCUAUGACUUCAAGGCUCGGCAGGGCGACGAACUUAAUUGCGAUUUCAGCAAGGGUAUCAGUCGAUGGGAUGAAUUGCCCUUGGCUUAUCCCUUCGAGCGCAUUCUGGAAGACGAUACCCAAGCUGUGGAGAUCUCUGGUGACCAUGUGUACUGGAAAGAUGUGAAUAUUCUGCAUGAGGACUAUCAAGCUUAAAUGAAAUGAUAAAUUUUUUACUUAGAUAAACACUCUUAAAAUGAAAUAAAAUAAAUUUGUAAAAUGUUUCACAACAAGGUUAACAUUUUGAAGAAUCGAAACAUAAAGUAAUGACUAUAUUGCUUCAGAUAGUAUAUCAAACAUAAUAUAAAAAUUCUAAGUUGGCUUUACUAUGUUAAUUCAGUUUUUAAUAUAUCUUUAUCAACGUCUAUCACAUAUCGAACCUCUUAAGAAACCUUUUGGGCAACUCCAUAAAUAAACUUCAAUUUCAGUUAACCGUUUUCCUGUCUAUCCCCUUCCUAAUCCUAACAAAUAAACCCUUUAACGGAUAGUGACGCCAAAUUUGGGUAAUUACAAGGCAUGGAGGAAAUAUUAAGAAGACGGGCCACUCCACAUGGGGCCUUAGAACCCAAGAACCCCAGUCCAACAUGUAUACAAUAUUAAUCAAAAUCACACUGGGAAAAACAGUUUUUACUGUAUAAAUACGAAAACAUUUUCCAAC